UUAAAAGUGCUAAGGAAGUGCUGUUUUUUAAUAAGAAUGUUAUAGAAAUGCUGUGAUUUGUGUGGCUGUUCAUUUUUUCUUGUCUCUCGGUCAUUUCAUAUAGCAGUAACUGGAGCUUCUAAACAGUGCGAUCUGUGGUACAUGGCACUGAAACAGGCAAUCAUGAAGCUGGAGGUGCCAGAAACCUUUGAAGAUGUUGCUGUCAAGUUUUCAAGAGAAGAGUGGAAGUUACUGUGUAAAGAGGAGAAAGAACUCCACAGAGAUGUGAUGGUGCAAAACUAUGAGAACAUGAUAUCUGUAGGGUACAAGAUCCCAUUGGAGCGACUUUUGUUACUAAUUGAAAAAGAUCAGACGAUGCCACGGGAAGGUAAUGGAGGAGGACAGUUGGCACAAAAGAAGGAGUUUCCUGAUGACACUCUUGGUAUUCACAGGAAUGCCAGUUUCAGUGAGAUUCCAAGUCAACUUUCAUUGCUUGAGAAGUACCGUAAUUCUGAAUGUAACAGAGCUUUGCCAGGUACGCUGUCUGUAACAAUGCAACGUGGCCUGGUACAGCCUGAAAACAGAUUCAGUACCCAUGUCAAAAGUAAUCUACUUCACCGAAAAUAUAAGCUAGAAAUGCAUCUAAGAACUAACGGAGGGGAAAAGCCAUGGAAGAGACUUAAACAGAGCAAUGCGUUCAGACUUCAUAGGGUUCUUUUUGUCCGUGGAAGGAAUAGACAAAAGAAUAAUGUGGCAACACGUGACCAAAUCAGUAGAACAAAAAUAUGUAAAUACUCCAUUUAUAAGAUGCGUAUUCCAGGUAAAAAGCAUUUAAAAGUACAUCAGACAACUCAGAACACAUGUGAAAAAGGAAAAUCACUUGCAUGUAGUACAUGUGGCAAACCUUUUAUGAAUCACAAUCGUCUGGUAGCACAUCAGGCAGUUCACACUGAAUGGAAACCAUAUAAAUGCACAAAAUGUGGCAAGGGGUUUUCACGAAAGGCAAACAUGGUAAAGCAUCAGUAUAUCCACACUAAGCUAAAACCAUAUACAUGUCCUGUAUGUGGUAAGGGGUUUACACAAAAGAGUAACAUGUUACUGCAUCAACGUGUUCACACUGGACAGAAACCAUAUAAAUGCACCAGAUGUGGCAAGGAUUUUUCACGUAAAGGAAACUUGGAAAAGCAUCAGUAUAUCCACACAGAGCUAAAACCAUAUAAAUGUCCCAUAUGUGCAAAGGGAUUUAUCAAUAAGGGUAACAUGUUACUGCAUCAACAUGUCCACACUGGACAAAAGCCAUAUAAAUGUGUCAUGUGUGAUAAAAGCUUUGUACAGAAAACCAGUUUGGUUACACAUUAUUUAGCCCACAAUGGUCACCAGCCAUAUAAAUGUGUCAUUUGUGACAAGGGUUUUAAAUAUGAGAGAAGUCUGGCAUAUCACCAGGUUAGCCACAGUGGACAAAAGCCCUAUAAAUGUGACACAUGUAACAAGGAAUUUGCAUGCAAGACAAAUUUGAUAGCUCACCAGAGUAUCCACAGUGGACAGAAACCAUAUAAAUGUGCCACAUGUGGCAAGGGCUUUAGACAGAAGUCUGGAAUGGUAAGACAUCACUAUGUCCACACAAGAGAUAAGCCCUAUAAAUGUAAUACGUGUGAUAAGAGUUUUGCAGAUAAAGUAAAUCUGACAGCACAUCAGAGUGUUCAUAGUGGGCAAAAACCAUAUAAAUGUGCCAUUUGUGGUAAGGGGUAUACAAGGAAGGUUAGCAUGACAAAACACCAAAAUGGUCACACAGGGCAGACACAGGACAUUACUGCAAAGCAAAACUAGUAACAGACAAGGUAUAGCCAAGAAAGCAUAAAUUAGUAAAGGAAAAUAAAGGAGCAAAUAGAUCACCAACAUGGAGGCACCAGUUUAAAACAAUUGUGAAGCACUUUAGAAAAAAAGUGUCAUUACUGGGAGAAUGCAUUAAAAGAAACUGAUGUUACAAAAAUGAACGAGGUAAAACAAAAUACAGCAUCAAAACAGAUCAGGAUUUGAGCUACACCAUAUCAAACAAUAAAUUUAAAUUCCCUGUGCAGGACAAAAAUUCAGGAGAUGCAGUGAGAAAUAUAAAGAAAGGAUAUAGAACAGGCAGUUUAGGGAUGACCCAAAGAAAGGAGAUAGGCAAGAAGAUAACAACAAUCGAGACAUGAUCAAGACAGUGGAAAUUAAUGCUUUAUAGAGAAAUAUCUAUUAGGACCCAGUUGAAUACAACAAGGAGAACUAAUAGAUAAAAGAAAUAAAAGAACAUCCAAUAAAUUCUAUUAUAGAAGAUAUGCAUUGGAAUGAUUUAACUGCUACUGAGAAUGAGAUAAAGUUAAGUAAGGCACCAAAUGUAAAACAUCGGCUCCUGCUGCUGUACCUAACUUUUGGGUAAAGGUAUUAACAUAUUUGCACCGUGAUUUAGCCUUGAGCAAAAACUACUUAUAUGUAUACACUGAAAUGACAUCAGACUGGCUAACAAUAGGGAAGCCAUAUUCGUAUUUAAAAGUGAACCUGCAAACUAUCCUAAAAAUCAUCAGUCAGUAACCUACCUCCCAACAAUGUACAAGUUAAAUACAGCAGAUUGAAGCACUCAUUUAGGUGAAAAUUCACUUGAGGUGUUAGUGCAGAAGAGAAAUAAAACUGAUCCCUUUGGAACAAAGUAUCGUAUUUUGCUAAACAAAACAUUAAUGGAGGCCUGUAAAAAGAAUGGGAAUCUUAAUAUGCCAUGGAAAGACUGCAAAAUAACAUUGGCUAGUAUUCCUCACUUCUGGAUUGUAGAAUGCUUACAAAUGUGCAAGGUCCUUUAGACAUUGGAACACUGUAUGUAGUUAAUAUGAAGAAGAGGCAAACCACUUUGCAGCUGAAUUACAAACAGGACAAAUUGUUAUCCAGGGUGUGAAAAUCCAGAGUAGACUAUUUCAUUGUGAUUGUCAUCAUUAUUGCUUUGUCUUUCUGUUAAUCUGCUAAACUGUUUGCUUAAUAGCCUAGGUCAUGGAUUCAGUCUGACUCCAAGAAAAAUCAUCCUGUCAAAGGAUAUAUCAUCUAAUUUUUGUGGAUGAUCUACAAUUGUAUAGUUCUUCAGAUAAACACCUGUAAAACAGUUACAAGUAAUUAACACUUUCUCAGAUGAUACAAGAAUAUGAUUUGGUCUCGACAAACGUGCAAAAACAGCAUUUGAAAGAGGAAAACUGAAGCAUCAAAAAUGCAUCACAUUCGUCCUGAAGUUAUAUUAAUGAUUUGGAACAAUAUGGAGUGUACAGAUACCCUGGAACAGACAAAGGGGCAGCGAUAUAACAUGAAGAAAUGAGACCAAAACUUGAAUGUUUUGGAAGAGUAAAAUUAACACUGAAAACAGCUUUAACAUUCAGAAAUAAAGUUCAAGCUAUAAAUAAAUUUGUCAGUCCUGUUUUAACAGAUUAGGGGGUGAUUGAGUGGCCACAAAAAGAGAUACAGAAGCUUGGUAGGAAAAUAAGAAAGUUGCUUCAUGGCCAUCAAUGUACAAGAGCCAGUGUUUACCAAGAUUAUAUGUCUUUUGAUCUGUCUACACAUAUAAGCUGGUGAUUGUAGAAUUGCUUAUAUAUUUAUUGACCAUCAAAUCCAAACAUAGUAAAAGUUUUAAAACAUGAACAAAUGAUGUCUGAGAUGACCUCUUUGAUCAGGAAACUAGAAGCCUCUAGGAAACAAGCAGGCAUAGAAAUCCAGCCAAACGUGGAUAAAAAAACAGGUUGCAGCAGAAAGCGCAAAAUGCAAAAGAAAGACUACAAAGAAGAUGACCAACAAAAAAAGAAAUAUAUAGUUGGAAAGACCACAGUUAUAGAAAGAAGUACAGAGAUCUACAGGAACAAUGGUACAUUGAUGAAGAGUUGACUAAAAGAUGUUUCAGGCAAGGUGAAUUUAAACCAAAAAAUGAAAGGUUAAUAUUGGCAGCACAAGAUCCUAGAAUGUGUGCUAGAUGGUUCACAAAUUCCAUAGAAAAGGUUGCAGAUGGAGAUAAAUGUUGGAUCUUCAGUUCAUAACUAGAAGCAGUUACACAUCUUAUUGCAGGCUGCAGUACACUUAUUGCUGAAGGUUUUUAUACUGAAAGAAAUACUGUGACAAGGUUGCAUUGGCGACUAGGUAAAUAUUACAACACAGCACUUGCAGAGAGACACUGGAAACAUGAAAAGCAAAGGAUUAUUGAAACUGAAGUAAUGAUCAAUUGUAGUUCAGGAGAAAAAACAGAUAUAGCAUUGGUUACUGAAAUUCCUGCACUCAGCGACUACAGCAUCUUGUGAACUGACAGACAUAAAUUUGUAAAAUAUCAAUACUUGCAAGCAGAAAUUAGAGUACUGUGGAAUAAUGAUGCAUAAAUAGUUCUAGUUGCAGUAGGAGCAACUGGACUAAUAACGAAUCUUCAAACAUAUUUAGAUAUGCUACUGAUAAAACGUAACCCCUCAUGAACUAAAAAAACCCAGAUAAUUCUGGGUAUAUUGUGGGUGCUGAGAAUGACACUCUUAUCAAAUGUUAAAGACCAAAAUAAACCUGAUUUCAUUAACUUUAAUUAUACUCUGACUUGGAUCCCUUCCCCUCAAUUUAUGCAGAAAUCUAAGCAUUUGGAGAAGUAAACAAAGACAGAACCCUUUGAAAUGCACCAUGAGUGACAAGAUUUUUACAUUUGACUUCACAUCAAAGUAUCAACACCGGAUAGGUCUAAUGAAAAAGAAUUUGCAGUUGUACUUACAUAUGCUGUAAGUACAUGUAACAUCUUAUAAUUUUUACAGGAGGAGGUGAUUCCGGGCACAUUGUGGAUGCUGAGCAGAGCACUCUUGGAUAACAUCAAACACUGAAGCUAUACUAAUUUCAUGAACUGUAAAUGUACCUUGACUUAGGAAAGGGGUCCGUUCCCAUCAUGGUUUUAAAAACCCAAAACAAUUGGAUCAAUUAAAGCAACAGAAUGCUUCAUGUUUAUGAAAUGUUGUAUAAAAAACAGUGCAUAGCAAGAUUAUGUAUCCCUUGCUCUGAAGGAGGUAUAGGCCUCCUCAAAGAUGACCACAUGUAUAGAUCUGCACUUGUGGGACUAUAUACAUAUUUGCUGACCUCACAUAUCCAAACAUGGUGAAAAUUGUUAAGCAUGAAGAGAAGAUGUCUAAGAUGGCCUCUUUACGUAGUUUAGCAGAAGCAUUUUGGAAGAAAGUGAGAAUGGAAAUCAAACCAGAAAUAUCCAAAAAUAGCUGAAAAAGGCAACACCAAAGCAGAUAAUCCUUUGAAAAUGAACUUUUAAUCCAACAUA